AAAUCGGAGAAGCUUAAAAAAGAACGAAUGACAGACAAUGUAAUCAUUUUGAUCUUGAUAACGGUAAUUGUAGCUGUUGAAGUUACUGGACAAGAACAGGAUGAGGCAGCUAAUGGGGAUGUAGUAGUUGACAACGAUGAGAUUGCAGAGUUUGAAAAUUCUGACAAUGGCGACUCCCAGAAUGGAAAUACCGAGAGUGAAACUUCUGAAAAUGGUGACUCCCAGAAUGGAAAUACCGAGAGUGAAACUUCUGACAAUGGCGACCCCCAGAAUGGAAAUACCGAGAGUGAAACUUCUGAAAAUGGCGACUCCCAGAAUGGAAAUACCGAGAGUGAGACUUCUGACAAUGGUGACUCCCAGAAUGAAAAUACCGAGAGUGAAAUUUCUGAAAAUGGUGACUCCCAGAAUGGAAAUACCGAGAGUGAAACUUCUGACAAUGGUGACUCCCAGAAUGAAAAUUCCGAGAGUGAAACUUCUGAAAAUGGUGAAUCCCAGAAUGAAAAUUCCGAGAGUGAAACUUCUGACAAUGGUGACUCCCAGAAUGAAAAUUCCGAGAGUGAAACUUCUGACAAUGGGGAAUCCCAGAAUGAAAAUACCGAGAGUGAAACUUCUGACAAUGGUGACUCCCAGAAUGGAAAUACCGAGAGUGAAACUUCUGAAAAUGGUGACUCCCAGAAUGGAAAUACCGAGAGUGAAACUUCUGAAAAUGGUGACUCCCAGAAUGGAAAUACCGAGAGUGAAACUUCUGGCAAUGGUGACUCCCAGAAUGGAAAUUCCGAUGCACAUAUAACAGAAGUAAACCAGGAACAACUCAAAGGUACCGACGCAAACAUAUCUUGCAAUGUAACUAAUCUAAGGCAACAACUUGCGGAGGUGAAAUGGAGAGACUCAGAGGGUUACGAAGUAGCGAGCAGUGUGUCCGGAACAUUUGACGGAGUGUCCGGAACAUUUGACGCCUCUUCCUCUUCUCAAACUACCACUCUAUCGGUGGCUGGUGUAGAUAACAUCAAGGAUACUACUUAUAAAUGUCUUGUCAGGACUACAGCAGAUGCGGCGUGGCAGGAGGCUACUGUCCACUUAAAAGUUUUCACUGCCACCCCUACAACCAAAUUGGUUACUACUGCUGUCGAUCAAACACUAAGUUGUACAAUUGGUGACUUGGAUGCAAAUCAUCCGGUCUACGUAACGUGGACAGAACCAGAUGGUGGAGCGGUUUCAAAAUCAAGUAUAGGAGAGUACUACGAAAUCGACGAUGGAGAGGUUGAUAAGGCUGGAAUUCAACAUGCAACUCUUACUAUUAAAGAAGCCAAAAUGAGAGAGUUUUCCGGACAAACCUCCUUCGUUUACACGUGUUCGGUUAGGUCGGUUCAAUACAAUACACUGGAACCUUCACCAUCAUCUGAUAUAGUUGUCUCUGCAGACAUUCUCACACUAAAUGUAGAACCAGUGAGUAGCCAAGUGGAAGACGGCACAGCCACAACAAUCACAACAAUCACAAUAUCUUGUGUAGUAUCCGGUCUCACAAAGGAGCUGGACGGGGUGGGAUGGGUGAGGAGGUGGGAGGGUGUUGAUGUAAAUAUAGAAAACAAAGAUGAGAAUGGCUAUUGGGUUGAUAAGGGUACUUUUGAAGCUGAGGCCGGUCGUCAGAUCACUUCGUUAGAGAUUCCUGUCAGCACUAUUAGAGAUGGUGAUGUGUUCGCUUGUGUCAUACAAUCUGAUGAACAUGGGAAAACAAAAGAAGCUCCCGAACGGAAGGUUGUACAUACGCGGUGUGAGGCAGGUUCCUACAGAUCCAUCUCAAUGACAGUGUGUGAGGAGUGUCCUCCAGGAAAUCAAGCCAACCCCGAACAGACGCAAUGCGACUCCUGUUAUAGAGGUUCGUACAGAGACGACUCGAUGAUGAGGUGUGAGGUGUGUCCACCGGGAACUGAAGCUGAUCAACAACGCUCACAAUGUGAGGCUUGCAGAGAAGGAUUCUACAAGGACAGCACAUACACGGAGUGUGAGGCAUGUCCUACUAAUCAAUUCAGUUUAGAAGGGGCGGAACACUGUACCCCGUGUCCCUCAGGAGCUGUAGUAAACCAAGAGCAGUCGCAGUGUGUGCAGAGUUGCAGUGAAAACCAAUAUCAAUGCCAAGACAAAUCAGGGUGUAUACCCUCUACUAAGAAGUGUGACGGAGUAAAGCACUGUCCUGACAGUUCAGAUGAAACCCCACCCACUUGUAUUGGUGGUGGAACAACAGCUGAAGAAACUUCUCCAGCGUGCCCGCCCCUUCCCCCACCUGACGGUAUCUCCAAACUCACCUGCAGCUCUCCCACCCGGUGUACCUACUCUUGUAUUAACCCCUUACUGAGGUUCUACACAAGUACCUAUACAUUACAGACAGGGCUGGUGUCUGAGAUGGAGGUCACGUGCAACCCAGCUACCUCCCAGUGGUCUCAUAUGGGCUUUUAUAACCCUUUCGGGGUCUUCCCUUCUUGUAGAGAGACUUUCGGAUAUACGCUUUUCUUAGAAUGGACGGGGAGUUUCUCCCCUUCCUCUAUACACGGAGAUGAAGACCCUGACCGACCCUCUCGUUCCACUACAACUUGCCCAACAAACCUCACUGAAACUGUAAGAUCUGCUUUCUAUGGCGUAGAGAAAUUACAAAAAAUCAAGUUCAUGUGUAAAAUCGAAGGUGACGAAUCGGAUGAUCACGAAACUACCAAUUGCUUUUACAUUAGAGAUGGUGGUAAAUGUACAGUUUUGGAUGAUGUAAGUUUACUGCUAACCUUUUUUAUGGGAGUACAGCUUCCCGGAAAUGAAAACAAUAACAAAACUUACAUAACUGUGAUAGGAGAUGCAUUAAACCAGAAAUUUUAUGAUAUUGCGUUUAAUAUAACAGUGGAUGGGACUAAGUUUACAGAUAAUAAUGAUCUGAAUAUGGUCGGUGUGAAAAACGAUUGCAAAUACGGACAUGUAUUGAUGGAUGGGGAAACUCCUUGCGUGCCAUGUGACAGAGGGGAGUUCUACGAUGGGCCCGGGUGUAGCCUGUGUCCUCGAAACCAGUACAACAGUAAUAUUGGUAUGACAGAGUGCGAACCUUGUUCCGGUAGUGACGUCACACCACGGGAGGGAUCUGUAGAGAUAACAAGCUGUGUUCCUCCAACAGAGGUGUGCACGGUGUUGGAGGAGCCGGCCGGCCGCAGAUCACCAACGCCAGGAACCAAAGUCACAACCCAAACACCAGUCCAGACUUUCUGUCAGAAUGGAUAUUCUCUAAAGUACGGAGAAACAGCUGAACGAACGUGCGAGUUUCUGACGCAGACUGACUCUACUCAACAGUGUUUUGAGGUGUGUACCAUUCUAUCUAGCAAGAAUAAAGAUGUGGAAUACUACUAUUACACAAACAGUGCGGGUGAACGUAGAGUGUACCGGAAGGACUAUCUCAUGUAUAACCAAGUAAUACAGGUGCAGGGCACGUGCUUUGGGGCGGGAAUAGGUGAGCUAUUCUGUCAUACUCCUGGAUCAGAGAUAGGUGUGCCAAUAUGUCAAGAUGGGACCAAUGGAACUGUACCUAAAGCCUGUGCCAGUGAGCGAGAGAUCAGUGCAGUAUUUGGUGAUUAUAACUGGCCGGAGACUGAACCUGGUACCAACACUACCCUACCCUGUCAGCACACAGAUGAGUUCAACGCCAAGAAGUUCUGUAGCUCAACUGGUAAAUACAGAGAGACUGACUUCUCUUCCUGCCCCUCUUCUGUGGCUCCAGAGAUUAAUGAUAUUUUUGAGGAAGUUCAAGGAGUCACCACUGAAACCCAAGACGAUAUAUCAGAGAAGAUCAAGGAAACUACAGCAUAUUCUGGUGGACAGAUGAGCUCGCAGGACGUGGAGAAGACAGCUGACAUUAUUGACGACUUCCUGGAUGCCCCUGAUAUAGAGCUGUCCCUCACCACCAUUGACAACCUCAUCAAGACAGUUGACAAUGUUCAGACUAACGCAGAGGAAGAGGAGAUGAGGAAAGAGGGAACGAGCGAUAAGUUCAGGGAAUCUGCUGUGAAGAUUGUGGGGGAAAUCGCUAAGAGGACGGAGGCGACGUUUGUGCCAAUGAAAUCUGUUGGAUUUGCUGUAGCCGAAGUUACAGAGGUUGAUACAAUAAGGUCAGUAACAAAGAAUCUGUUAGUGUUGACUGGUGAGACGAAUGUUAUUGAGGGCAGCAACAACGAGGAAAAGUCAGGAACCAACACCUACUUCAAAGCUGAACUCUCAACAUCUGAGAACGAGGUUGCUACGGCUGUUUACUAUGAGACUGAUAAGUCGUUCCCAUCCACUGCUGUGUCUACAGGGACUACUGCUGAUGAGAGUUUCCAAACAGUCGCUAAGAAACUGGUCGCAGAGACUGGAGAAGUAUCUUUGGUAGCAACAGUUAUAUCUGAUAUCAACAUCGUGGACAGAAGCUCUUCUGCGAUAAUACCUUUGGGAGUGGGUAAAAAAGUUACCAUGAAAUUCCAGAUUAAGGAUGAAACAGAGAAGAAAGUGCACAGUUACACAAGAAGAAAGACUCUGGUAACCAGUAAGCUGAGCUGCAAGUACUAUGACAGUGCGAUUGAGGUGAGAGAUUGGAGUGAGGCAGGUUGUGAGACUGAGACUGAUGAUGCACUGCUGGGAGAGACUGGUGUCACUUGCUCGUGUGAUCAUCUCACUAGUUUUGCAGUUCUCAUGUCGUUCACGAAGGAGGAGAACGAUCUAGAGGAGCUGGUAUCGCACAUUCUGCUCGGGAUCAGCCUCUUCUGUCUGCUCCUAACUCUUGCUGCCAUCCUUCCGAACAAGAAAUCCUUGAAAAUGAAGUCUGUUCGUGUAAAUCUUAUGCUGAUUAUAGCUCUGAUUUUCUCUAUCGUCUGUUUCUUCUUGAUGGACCUAUUCGUGGAGACGGAAGAUGACAUUGAGCCUAGUAUCCCCUGCUCCAUUAUCGCAUUUCUGUUGAACUAUUUCUGGCUGUGUCAACUGAGCUGGAUGAUAGUAGAAGCUGCUACCAUGUACCUGGCUCUAGUCAAAGUGUUCGGAACCUACAUCAGUAGGGCGAUGCUGAAGUACAGUUUGGUAGGGUGGGGAGCUCCUCUUGUAUUCCCGCUGAUUGCUGUUGCUUGGGGGAGGGCGGAGUUCGCUGAUCCUAAGACGUGUUUUAUAAAGUACCCCUACGGACUAGCCACGUUCUACGCCCCUGUAGUGUUGGGAGUCCUGGUUAACUGGGUGCUGUUCUUCUUUAUAGUACGGGUUAUCUUGGUAGCCAGCAAGAAUAAGGCUCAGAAAAUGGGUGAUUCCAAUGUCAAGAUGAGACAAAAGCAGCUACAGUCGGCUCUGGCAGUAUCUACUCUACUAGGCUUGAGUUGGAUUAUUGGCUCUUUCCUCCUGGUGGAUAACAGGAACUACAGUACAAUAAACAUAGCGCUUAGGUGGCUCUUUACACUUCUCAAUGCCCCUCAGGGGAUCUUCAUAUUUCUCUUCUACGUUGUUCUUAAAGAGGACACACGAAACUUCUGGUUGCAAAAGUUCAAACGGCAGAAGAAGAAGGUUCCAGGAAUAUCGUACACUGGUGUAGACUCAAAAGGUCAGAAGAAGAAAGACAUCAACAGCACCACAGCAAUAUCCCAGGUUGUUUCCAACCAGUCGGUGAUGAACACCCAACUCAGUAUAACACCUAACAUAACACCUUAUACAACACCCCAGAAUACACCUCUCCUAACACCUCGUCACGUGACUAAACCUGUUGUUAAUAAUACUGACACUGCUAGUGCUCUCAGCGUGGAAAUUCAUAUUCCUGUCUCCAGUUCAAAACAUUUGGUAGAUAGUGAUCCCCCCGAUGGACGUAUUGGUAAAGUUGGUAAUUUAGAAGUAGAGUCAAAACUUUCGGGUGAUGAAGUGUCGAGGACAAGUAGUGAUCAAGUUGAAGAUGAGAGGAUUUAUUUUGAUCCCGACGAAAUUAAUUUGGAGUCAGAGGAGGUUAAGAUAGAAAUGGAGCAUUCAUUCCCUGAUAAUACUGAAGUCGUUGACAUUGAUAUAAAUGUGAAUAAAGGCUUACCCGCAGAAAAUGAAUACACCAUUAAUCUUUCAAUCGGGGACAGUAACACCAUAGAAAAUGUUUCGAUUGAAGGCAGUGAAUCUAAAGAUGUUUCAUCCUCGCAAAAAAGUGAAUCAGUAGAAAAUGUAUCUUCUUUGGUUAGUGAAUCAAAAGAAGAUACACCUUCUAUAGUCAGUGAAUCAGAAGAAAACGUACCUUCCCUACCCAGUAAAUCAGAAGAAGAUUUAUUUUCUAUGGAUAACGAAUCAGUAGAAGAUGUAACUUCAAGGGGUAUUGUAUUUAUAGAAUAUGAACCUUCUAUAGAAAUAGAAACAGAAAAAAAUGCACCUACUAUUAUAGAUAGUGACUCAAUAGAAAAUGCACCCUCUUUAGAAAAUGUAUCAAUAGAAGAUGAACCUGUUGUGGAUAAUGAAUCCUCUAUAGAACCAGAACCAGAGUUUAGCCAUCCAGCACUAGAUACCGAACCUAACAUCCCAUUAAAAAGACCCCGUGGGUUUAAAAGCCGAGUAGUGCAAGUUGUUGCUGCAAUGCUUUUUAAGUCGGGAAAAGAACGAAAGAGUGUUAAAGAUAAACCUAGCUGGAUUAGUUUAAACAAAGCCAGAAAGGACGACGCUGAAGAGGCUGAAGACAAAGAAGAUGAUUACCAUGGUCUCAGACUAAACAAAUUCGGGAACUUCAAUGAGGUAACGAUAAUGGAAGAGAAAGAUAAGACAAUAGAACGGAAACUAAAGUCACAAUUGAAGAGAGUAGAAAGUGGUCAACCCGUUAUAGUAGAGGAAGAUCAGUACGAAGCACCCAAACUAAAACAGGUUACCCCACUUGAGGAGACAGAAGAAACUAUAGAAUUGAACGAAUUAGAAAACAAGUUGGAAAAGCAACUCGAGAGGAUUGAUAGUGAAAAACAUCCUGGAGAUAAUAUUCUGGACGAUUCAGAAAAAUUCGAUCAUAAAGGUGAACGGCUGGAAACAGAGGAGUUGUCUAGCAAGCUGGAGGAACAGUUAAAAAAGAUUGAACUUGGAGAGGAUGGACUCCUUGAUAUAUCUCAAUCGGACGAGGAAAAACACAAUCACAAAGGCGAACAGCUGGAAUCUGAGGAGUUAGAAACCAAGCUGAAAGAGCGAUUAAAGAAGAUUAAUAGCGGCGAAUUUCUUGAUACAUAGAUUAUUAAAAAUAUAUAUCUCGCUGUGUAAGAUGGACAUCGCAAUGCGCGUUUCACCUGAUUUUAACUGAUUGAGGAACCUCCAAGUGUAUGUACGGAUAGCCGGAUACACUGUACACCCUAAACAACUGUUUACUAUAAUUUUCUCUCCGUUGAUCACGGACUUUUGUUAUAAGCGGAUUUUAAACCAGAAUAAAGAUCUGAUUGUAAUUUUGAGCUUUCUUAUAAUACACUUUGAUAUUAUCAUUUAUUUGUCGCAUGCUCACUUGAAAUGAUCUUUCUUUUAAGACUUUUUGGUUUUUUAAUAUUAGAUUCAUGUAACUGAUAAUAAAUGUUAACGAAGUAUUGCCAUUUUUAAAGACUUAUUCAAUGAUUAUAAUGAGUUAAAUUGUCUUUGACAUUUUUAUCAUUAUAGCAAA